UGUACAGCAUUCUUUGUUCUGUCCACAAAAGCUUGUCACAGCUAGCUAGCUUGGCAGCGCAGAGAGAGAGAGAAAGAGAGUGGACUACUAACUAUACCUAAGGUAUACUGACUUCGCUAACAUGAACAAGACAACGCUCUGUGCCUGUGUGCUAGUAGCCUGCACGAUGACAUUACUCCUGGGGCAAACACAAGGGCAACCCCUGGGCACUUGCCGUUGUUCUAGUCCACUGUUUGAUGACUGUAUUAACGGUCGAUGCAACGUCAACAAGUCGAGGACCUUUGGUUGUCGCAUCACUCGCGAGUAUUUUAGGACAGAGAAUGUCACUCGUGACUAUUACUUCUGUCCGAGAGAUGACAUCGAUUUUCUUAUUAAUUGUGGAGGGGGGAUCACCCGUGAGACGCUCUUCACUAAGUUUCUUAGUAACAAUGAUGUGGAGAUCUGCUGUACCAACGCGAGCAAUUGCAACACUCGGCAGUUAUUGGACAGCAUCACGAUAACAGACCCCCCACCAACAACCUCCACUGCGCCUAGUACGGAUGCCCCUCCCCCUCCCUAUGCUAUCGCCAUCAUCUCAGUGCUAUCCUUGGUGGUGGUGCUCAUAGUCACCAUCAUUGUGAGCAUUCUCUGCAUGCACUACGUUGUGUGCCCUCUACGCAUCCGAGGAUCCAUUGCCGGCACGCCCACAGUCACACUGACGCUAGACUCUGGCUCGUACGGAGAGGCGAGUCUUAACGAGCUGCUGGACGAUUCUGGCAGUGGAUCUGGACUACCUCUCCUUGUCCAGCGCUCUAUAGCAGGGCAGGUGACACUACACGAACUGAUUGGGAAGGGACGUUUCGGUGAAGUCUGGAAAGGCAGUCUAAAAGGAGAUGAAGUUGGUGUCAAAAUAUUCCAUCCUCGCGAAGAAGCAUCAUGGUUCCACGAAGUUGAAAUAUAUCAAACCUGUCUUCUGCGUCACCCAAAUAUUCUGAGAUUUAUUGCUGCUGACAAUAAAGACACGGGCAUGCAAACGCAGCUUUGGCUGAUAACCGAGUUUUGUGAAUAUGGAUCUCUGUAUGAUCUACUCAUACAGAAAACCUUCAGUGAAGAGCUUAUGUUGAGGCUAUCCUAUACUGCAGCGUGUGGCAUGGACCAUCUACAUACCGAGAUUACUGGCACGGAACGGACACAGAGCAAACCAGCGAUUGCUCAUCGCGAUCUGAAGAGUCGAAAUAUUCUCGUCAAGAGCGAUUUUUCGUGUUGUAUUGCAGACCUCGGUUUGUCGUUACGAUAUAAUCGAUGUAACGACAGCAUCGAAGACCCGCCCACUAAACGAGUGGGAACGAAACGAUAUCUCGCUCCCGAGAUAAUCGACGAAUCCAUUUGCUUCAAGAAUUUCGCGUCUUAUAAAACGGCCGAUAUGUAUUCGUUUGGACUUGUUCUGUGGGAGAUAGCGAGGAGAGGGGAGUGUGGAGGUGAUGCUGAAGAGGCUGAGCUACCGUAUUUUGAAGUGCUCCCUAUCGAUCCUUCGUUUGAUGAUGUCAAGAAAGUUGUGGUAGUUGAGAAAAAACGACCAGCCUUCCCAAACAGGUGGAGCGGAUCUGGGACCCAUCGUGCUCUGAGCCGCAUCAUUGAGCAGUGUUGGCAUGACAGCUGUGAGGCCAGAUUGACAUCACUGAGAGUCAAGAAGAGCCUCGGGACACUCUGCAAGAGUGAGAAGGGGAAGAAAGAAGAACAGUCUUGAGCAUAACUAACUAUUGUUUGUCUGUCUGUCUGUCUGUCAUCUAUCUUCAAACAGUGUCUGUAUUAUUAUUCAAUCAGUUACUGUCCCUGUAAUUAUAUAUAUACCACUGUGAAUUAUAUCAUGUUUGUGUCUCCCUGCAUGUGUAUAUUAUGUGAUGUGCUUUUAUUUUAGGCUGUACAUUUGUGUCUCCAACGUGCCUCCAACUUGAGGGCUACUUAUAAUUAUAUUAAUUACAAGUGCAAAAAACAUUUUGUGAAAAAUUGGGAA